CGGGCGGCAGUUGCGCAGGCGCAGUGAGCGCGGCAGCAUGGCGUCCAGGCCGAAGCGGCGCGCCGUGGGCGGUGGGACCCCGCAGACGCCUGGCGCCCCGGUGCCGUGCCACGAGGAAGAAGAGAACGAGGAGAUGGAGGACCAGGGCGACGACGACGACGAGGACAGCGACGAAGACAGCGACGAGGAAGAGGAUGAAGACGACGAGGCCGUGGGCGAGGAAGUGAAUGUGGAAUUUGAAGCUUAUUCCAUCUCAGACAAGGAUUAUGACGGAAUUAAGAGAUUGCUGCAGCAGCUUUUCCUAAAGGCACCUGUAAACACUGCAGAACUAACGGAGCUCUUAAUCCAGCAGAACCACAUCGGGAGUGUGAUUAAGCAAACGGAUGUUUCAGACGACAGUGACGACGAUGUGGACGAAGAUGAGGUUUUUGGUUUCAUAAGUCUUCUCAAUUUAACUGAACGCAAGGGGACCCAGUGUGCCGAGCAGAUCAAAGCGCUGACUCUGAGCCGCUGUGCGGAGAACUGCGAGAAGAGCGUGGUCGAGCAGCUGGACCAGCUCUUCAAGGACAGCUCGAGGCCCGUGGGCCUGCUCCUGAGCGAGCGGCUCAUCAACGUCCCUGCGCAGGUCGCGCUGCCCAUGCACCGGCAGCUCCAGAAAGAACUGGCGGAGGCACAGAGGACCAACAAGCCGUGUGGGAAGUGUCACUUCUACCUUCUGAUCAGCAAGACGUUUGCGGAAGCAGGAAAAGGCAAUUCCAAAAAGAAAAAGAGCAGCCAAAAGGAAGAUGAGUUAAUGUUUGCAAAUGCAGAGGAAGAAUUUUUCUACGAGCCCUGCCCAGAAGUAAAUCUCCGAGGAGGGGCCUCUCCUGGCACGGCCGCCGCCCCGUAUUCCUCUGGAGACUCCCAGUCAAGACUGGCCGCGCUGCGGAUCCUUUCGGGAAGGAGACGGGGAACGGAAGCGCUGAGGCCAUGCCCCGGCCUCUCCUCUCGGGAAGGCAGUGCUGAGGUUCAGCUACUCCGUCCAGGAGGAGAGCGACUCGCGUCUGGGCGGCAGGUGGUCCUUCGACGACGUCCCGAUGAAGCCCCUGCGCACCGUGAUGCUGGUCCCGUGUGACAGGAUGGGCGAGGUCAUGGCUGCGCUGGAAGAACAUCUGUCCGUCUAGCCGGUUCCCACCCAGAGGGUGUGCUUGUGUUUGUGAAAUCACCAGGAAGCCCAGGGCAGCUUUCCUGAGCAACUCAAGACUUGAUUUACGUUUAGCUUCUCUACACAAAGUAGGGUCCUGUCGCCUGUGUCUGUGACACGUUUACAAAAUAGCGUUUAAAAAUGUUUGGUCAAAUUAUGAAUGGCUGGUUAAAAACCUUCCCCAUAAGAAGAAAAACGUGGAGUAGUAAUUUAAAGAACUCAAUAAAAACUUCUAUAUUUUAUUUUUAAAUAA